AUGCGUGGCAUUGGAGUGGACACGAUCGGCUGGAAUAUUUUUCUUGCCAACACCUGGGGCGUGUCUGCCCAGUGGCUGCGGCAAUUCGCGCAACGCUUAGCCUUCCAGCACGCAUCUUUUGACAGCGAGGCCAAGGUUUACCGGGAGCUCGCAGAGGUGGUCCCGUUCAGAGCAGAUUUGAAGUUGCAGAGGGCCUGGAUCGCGCGGCGCGCCAUGGGGCUCACGGACAGCGGGCGCUCCAUCAACACGCUCGUCAUAGAUGGGAAUGCGAAGCUGGCCCGCCGGCACACUGCCACGCAGUGCUCUUGCAAACCGGGAUUCAAGCUGAAGCGUUGCAGCAAGCACUUGGCUCGCGCCCUGACCGAGGACGACGGCCCGCCGCAAAGUGAAAUCAUAGUUUCGCACAAGCGCCGGCGCGUGCUGGAAACGGCCCCCAGGGCUGAACCGUGCGACGUGUGCCUCGCGGCGCGGGACCAGAAAGAUAUCCCAGGAGCGCCGAGGCGCUGGGCCGCCGCGCGCCAGGUCACCCAGGGCCAACUGCAAGAGUACUGGGGCAAUGCUGGACACCAGGCGCACAUCCCGGCGAUGUCACCCGAUGCGGACUUGCAGUCCGUGUCGUGCAGGACCCACAAAGAGGCGCAUUUGGGCAGGGCCAGCCGCGGUUCGACCCCGGGCCAGUUCAGCAGAAGAUGCGGCUGGCUUUACGCCUGCACUCCAGAAGGCUACAUCGUGCAUCUGAAGGAGUACGUGGGCGCAGAGAGUCUGCCGCAGCGCUACUUCUUCUUGGCGGAGGUCGUGGAGAAGGCCCCAGCAGUCGACUUUGUCCGCCACGACGAUGCUUGCGAUUUGCGGCGGUGCGCUUCGAAGCGCGAGGGCGACGGCGCCUUCGCGCGCAGGCUCGCGUACCCCAACAUCAAGUACAUCACCGACGGACUGCGCGACAGAAACCACGUGGACCCCUGGCGCCUAGCAAAUUGUUCACCCAAGGCAGACUGCAACAAGGAGCUCGUGAAGAACAUCAAUAGCCAGAUCUGCGAGCAGCUGUUCUCGUCUCUGGGGCGCCACAAAUAUUCUGUGCGCCGCAUGGGGCAGUUUACCUCGGCCUUCUUGCUAACGGAGCUGGCCGAAGUGAAAAAUGAGGCCUGGCUGGCCGAGCAGGCGCGCGCGGCCCGCGCGGGCGCGAGUGCGGGGCAGCCGGGGGCUAUAGGGACCCACCACCUGGUCCUCGCAGACAGUUGGCUCGAGUGGGAACCCGACUCGGCCCCGGCGCGCGGCGGGAAGGCGAUGCAGCAGUUCCGAGAUGAGAUGCGCGCCGUGUGGGACAUCGUCGACAAGGAGUACGACUCCAGGGUCGCCUUGGGCCAAAAGGCAUCGCAAGCGAUUCUCACUCUAGCCACCCGGUCGUCACAUCACGAGUUCCCGUUCGGAAUGGGAAUUCUCGCCCGCCUGUGUGCUUGCACCAACGGUGCACUGACCAGCAUAUUCCCUGGUGACCCAAGCCCGGUAGUCUUGCCGGUCGUCAACAUCAAUUACCCGCAGACUCGGAAGAGCUCCACGCACCGGGUGGGCCUCGUCGUGGGGCGCGCGAUUGUCGACCACGUGCUGGCGACUGCGAGCGCCUUGGCCACGGGGGCAGGCCCUGGCUCGGAGCUCAGAUUCGCAGGCCGAUCGAGCAUCUGA